AUGAAGGAGCUCACAAUUUUCGUAACGGGUGGCAGCGGCUAUCUUGGCAGCCACCUGAUCGCGCACCUGCAGCACGAGGGCGGCUACAGGAUCGGCUACUCAUUCCUGACAAACGACGUGCCGCCUGGGACGUUUGGCGAUGCGCACGGGUGCCGCGUCGACCUUGCGACUGGAGAGGGCCUCGACAGCGCCUUUGAGGCGCUCGGCCCCGUCGACGUCGUCGUCAACACCGCCGCCAUCUCCCAGCCCGCGCUGUGCGAGAAGGACUAUGCGCGCGCGCGCGCCGCCAACGUGCCCGAGAAGCUGCUCGACGCCCUGGAGCGGCAGAGGCGGGCCAGUGGCGUGGAGGCCCUCCUAGUGCACAUAUCCACAGACCAGGUCUACGAGGGCAGCCGCGCCCACUGGUCCGAGGCCGACCCCACUGCCCCGGUCAACGCCUAUGGCCGCAGCAAGCUUGAGGCAGAGGAAAUCAUCCGCGCCCGCUGGCCGCGCGCCGUAGUGCUGCGGGCCAGCCUCAUCUAUGGGCCGCAGCCGCCGUUCCCCGUGGGGCGCCCGCUGUUCGUGCAGUUUGUGGAGGAUUCGCUGCGGCAGGGCAAGCCCACAAAGUUUUUUGCAGACGAGUUCAGGUGCCCCGUCUUUGUGUUCGACAUUUGUCGCGUCGUCGCCCACCUCGCCCGCCUGCCGCCGGGCGCGCCCGCCCACAACACCUACAACCUCGGCGGCCCCGACCGCAUGAGCCGCGUCGACAUGGCGGUGGCGGUGGCGCGGCACUUUGGCUAUGAUCUGGGCGCCAUCGUCUCCAUACCCAGCGCCGAGGCCGGCGACAGGGGCUACCAGAGCCCCCCAGACAUAUCGAUGGUGAUGGACCGCCUCAGGCAGGACCUGCCCUCCAUCACGCUGACGUCAUUCGCACAGGGCCUGGCCCUCAUCUUCCCAAACCCCCCGAAGCAGUAG